CUCAAUACGACUUGAAGGACGCAAAGGCGUUCGCACAAUUCCUCCACGAUGCAGACGUACGUUUGGUUCGUGCCAGGUACCUCACUGACUUGGUCCGUUCCAGACGGCCACUGCCACGUCGCCAAGAGCUUCAGUCCAUGACCUUCGUUCCGCCUGACUCCGAAGAGGCUGAAACAGCCUUGGUGAGCCACCAGGAAGUACAGACCUGGGCUGAAGGGAAAAGGGAUGCGAUCAUCUGCUCGAUCUCCCAUGCUUGGGAGACUCGCGAGCAUCCAGAUCCUUGUAGGUAUCAGCUCGAGCAUAUUGUGCAGCGUGUUGUCUUGUACGAAGCUGCUUUCAAGGCUGAUGUUUGGGUGUUUUACGAUUAUGCAUCGUUGUUCCAAUUUGAGCGGUUCUCUCCUGAAGAAAAAAGCAGCUUCGGAGCAGCCAUGCAAAAUAUGCAUGUGAUGUACGCGCACGAGCACACGCUGACCCUGCGUAUCGAAAGUCUCACACCAGAUGUUGCCUGGAAUCGCAUGAUGGCCAACGAGACGGAACUUGUCCCUGUUUAUGACAACGACCAGAAAUGUGUUGUAGCCAAACCUUUGAAGGAUUUGGUUGCGAACAAAUCCGCCUACCUUUCUCGCGGAUGGUGUAUGGCAGAGGUGGAAUGGAGUUCGCUCAGGACGGUAAAUCUCCAGCACCAAAGAAUCGAUGGAGUCGAUGACCGCUCAGAUGAUGGCGGCCGCCUGAAUGGCAGGAUCCCGAUGACCCCUGAAAAGUUUCGAUCCGAAAUGGAAAAGGCGGUCUUUACUCACAGAUCGGAUGCGGAAAGCGUCAUCCGUUUGCAAGAAAAGAUCUUUUUCGAGAAGGUGACGGUGUGUGAGCACCUGGAGUUGGAAGGCCUUCCGGCCCAAGAGAUGCUGGCGUUGGCUCAUGCUCUUCCACUCUACAAGAACUUGAAAAGCUUGAAGCUGAAAACCUUUCGAUGUGACGAAGAGCAGGUUGAAGCCCUUGCAAAG